UUUGAGUCGGUGUGCUCUACUUUUCUUGAUUUAUGAUAUGAUAUGAUAUGAUGAGCAUCACUGCCAUCCUCGUCGGGGUAAUUUUCCUUCCUCUCCGUACAGUUCUCUGCGAUCACUAAUCGCCUGCAAAAACCCUCUCCGAAAACCCUAGAAAAUCACGAUCUUGAUAUAUGCUUCAGAUAAGCACAAAGAGUCGUACUCUCUAUUCAAAUUUCAUUCCUUUCUUAUUCUGUCAGUUAUACGCUGUCUUUUUCCCUCUUAUCUGAUUGUUCACCUGGCUUCUCUCACAUCCGACUUGAACCUUCUCUUUGUAUUAUUUUUUUAUUGAUUCGUGCAUCCCGACCUUGAAUCGGUCGAUACGAUAGUUGACUGCUGACAGCUGCUUACUGAAUCGGGUAAUGAUCGCAUUUGGUUGAUUUUGAGAGAUGAAGUUGAAGCGGAGAAGGGCACUUGAAGUGCCUUCGAAGAUCAAAUCCUUCAUCAACCAUGUUACUUCUACACCACUAGAGAAUAUUGAAGAGCCACUAAAAAAAUUUUCUUGGCAGUUUGAUAAGGGAGAUUUCCAUCAUUGGGUUGACUUGUUUAAUCAUUUCGACACCUUUUUUGAGAAAUACAUCAAACCAAGGAAGGAUUUGCAGCUUGAGGACAACUUUUUGGAAUCUGAUCCACCCUUCCCGAGGGAUGCUGUUUUGCAGGUUCUCCGUGUCAUUCGAAUAAUAUUGGAGAAUUGCACAAAUAAGCAUUUCUACGGCUCGUAUGAGCAUCACUUGUCAUCUCUGCUUGCGUCCACUGAUGCGGAUGUUGUGGAGGCUUGCCUGCAGACUUUGGCAGCUUUUCUUAAAAAAUCCAUUGGAAAGUACGUUAUUAGAGACGCUUCUCUGAAUUCAAGAUUAUUUUCUUUUGCCCAAGGUUGGGGAGGUAAAGAAGAAGGUCUUGGAUUGGUUUCCUGCGCCGUACAGAAUGGAUCUCAUUUGAUUCCUUUUGAGUUGGGUAGCACUCUGCAUUUUGAAUUUUAUACUGUGAACGGAUCUUUGAAUGAGCCCACAGCUGCAGAACAGCCAACUCAGGGUUUACAAACAAUACAAAUGACUGACGUGAAUGCAAGAAAAGAGUCUGACCUUGAACUUCUGAAUGAGUUGGUCACCAAAUAUAAAGUUCCCCAUAAUUUGAGAUUUUCUCUUUUGACAAGAUUGCGAUUUGCUAGGGCGUUUGGAUCCCUAGAGACAAGGCAGCAGUAUACUUGUAUACGGUUGUAUGCUUUUGUAGUUCUUGUUCAAGCAUGUAGUGAAACUGAGGACCUGGUUUCCUUCUUCAAUGCUGAGCCGGAGUUCAUUAAUGAGUUGGUUACUAUGCUAAGCAUUGAAGAUGCAGUUCCUGAAAAAAUUCGAAUUCUAUGUCUUCUUUCUUUGGUCGCUCUUUGUCAAGAUAGGUCUCGUCAGCCUACUGUAUUGACUGCUGUGACAUCUGGGGGGCACCGUGGCAUUCUAUCUAGCCUUAUGCAGAAAGCAAUCGGCUCGGUUGUUAAUAAUUCAUCGAAGUGGUCUGUUGUUUUCGCGGAGGCUCUGUUAUCUCUCAUUACUGUCUUGGUGUCUUCAUCAUCAGGAUGCUCAGCCAUGCGUGAAGCGGGAUUUAUCCCCACUCUUCUACCUCUAUUGAAAGAUACUGAUUCUCAGCACUUGCAUUUGGUUAGUACUGCUGUACAUGUUCUGGAAGCUUUUAUGGAUUACAGCAAUCCCGCUGCUGCUCUUUUUCGUGAUUUGGGUGGUUUGGAUGAUACGAUAUCACGUUUAAUGGUAGAAGUAUCUCAUGUUGAAAAUGGUUCCAAAAAGCAAGUCGCAUCUGGUGAAAGUUCGGAGUGUGGUGGUUCUCAAGUAGUUUCAGAUAGUUCUUCUACAGGGCUCGAUAGUCUGCAGCCACUGUAUUCGGAAGCUUUGGUUUCAUAUCAUCGUCGAUUAUUGAUGAAAGCCCUGCUACGUGCUAUAUCAUUAGGAACUUAUGCACCUGGGACGACUCGUAUGUAUGGUACAGAAGAAAACUUGUUGCCACAAUGCUUGUGUAUAAUAUUCAAAAGAGCAAAAGAUUUUGGUGGGGGAGUAUUUUCACUUGCAGCUACUGUCAUGAGUGAUUUAAUCCACAAAGAUCCUACCUGCUUCUCUGUCCUGGAAUCAGCAGGUCUUCCUUCUGCCUUCAUGGACGCUAUCAUGGAUGGUGUUCUUUGCUCCGCGGAGGCUAUUACUUGCAUACCUCAGUGUCUUGAUGCCUUGUGUUUGAACAACAGUGGUCUUCAGGCUGUGAAAGAGCGCAAUGCGUUGAGGUGCUUCGUAAAAGUUUUUACGUCUAAAACAUACCUGCGAGUCCUUUCUGCUGAUACAUCAGGUUCCCUGUCAAGCGCUCUGGAUGAACUAAUGCGCCAUGCUGCAUCGUUGCGUGGGCCUGGAGUUGAUAUGCUGAUUGAGAUACUUACCGAUAUUGGAAAAAUUGGAUCUGGGCUUGAAUUGGCUUCUUCUCCAUCCUCAGAUCCUCCAAGCUCCUCUCAGCCAGCUCCUAUGGAAACUGAAUCUGAGAAUAGUCACACCUCGAUGGAUGAUACAGAAUCAUCAAGGCAUGGAACUAAUGAACAAUCGACGGACGUAGUCCCCGAUGCGUCAUCAUCGAAUGUCGAAUCCUUUUUGCCUGACUAUAUAAGCAAUGUUGCUCGUCUUCUUGAAUCGGUUCUUCAAAAUUCUGAUACUUGCCGGAUUUUUGUUGAGAAAAAAGGGAUCGAAUGUGUUCUGCAGUUAUUCUUGUUGCCAUCUCUUCCCCUCUCUGUUUCUCUUGGUCAAAGUAUAGCUGUUGCAUUCAAAAAUUUCUCGCCUCAGCAUUCCGCUUCUCUUGCUCGUGCUGUAUGUUCAUUUCUGAGAGAACAUUUAAAGUCGGCGGAGGAACUUCUGACUUCAAUUAAUGGAUGCCAGCUUGCUGAGGUGGAUUUCUCGAAGAGAGUAAAGAUCUUGAGGUGCCUCUCCACGUUGGAAGGGAUUCUGUCUCUUUCAAUUUCCUUACUGAAAGGGACCACUACAUUGGUCUCUGAACUGGGGUCUGCUGAUGCAGAUGUCUUAAAGGAUAUUGGGAAGACUUACAGAGAAAUUCAGUGGCAAGUAUCUUUGGGUUGUGAGUUGAAGGUUGAGGAGAAGCGGACUGCUGAAGUGGAGCCUGAAAAUGCUGAUGCAGGUCUAUCUAAUGUGGCCGGAAGGGAGAGUGAUGAUGACUCUAAUAAUAUUCCAUCCAUUAGAUAUAUGAAUCCUCUCUCAAUACGAAAUAGUUCCCACUCUCAGUGGGGAGUUGAGCGUGACUUCAUAUCUGUUGUUCGUGCAAGUGAAGGUUUCAGUCGCCGCAGCCGGCAUAGCUUGGCUCGUCUUCAUGGUAGCAGGUCAGCAGGAAGGCACUUGGAAGCUUUACAAAUUGAUACUGAAGCUGGAACAACUAGUGCAGAGGCUCCUUUUCAUGGAAUGAAGAAGAAGAGUCCGGAAAUGGUGGCUGUAGAUAUUCUGAAUAAGCUUGCUUCAACCAUGCGCUCUUUCUUCACAGCACUGGUGAAAGGUUUUACAUCGCCAACUCGUCGAAGAACUGAAACUGGGCCUUUGAGUUCUGCUUCGAAGACCAUUGGGGCCGCCCUUGCAAAAGUUUUUUCGGAGUCUCUGGGUUUCUCUGGGUACACGAGUUCCGCUGGAGUCGAUGUCUCGUUGGCAGUCAAGUGUCGCUAUCUUGGGAAGGUCGUGGACGACAUGGCUGCCCUUACGUUUGAUAGCAGAAAGCGCACUUGUUACGCUUCUAUGAUCAAUAAAUUUUAUGUGCACGGGACCUUCAAGGAGCUUCUUACGACGUUUGAGGCCACAAGUCAGUUGUUGUGGACUGUUCCCUGUGCUAUUUCUGCACCAGGUUCUGAUCUUGAAAAAAGUGGUGAAGGGAGCAAGAUGCCUCACAGUUCCUGUCUGCUCGAUACAUUACAAAGUCAUUGUCGUGAGCUCGAGUACUUUGUGAAUUCUGGAAUAUUAUUGUCUUCGCCCUCAGCAUCCCAGGCGCAGGUACUUGUUCAGCCUGUUGAAAUGGGUUUGUCCAUCGGGCUGUUUCCCAUUCCCAGGGACCCUGAAGCAUUUGUUUGCAUGCUGCAGUCUCAAGUCCUAGAUGUGAUACUUCCUGUCUGGAACCAUCCAAUGUUCCCAAACUGUAGCCCUGGAUUUAUAACUAACAUUAUUUCACUAAUGACCCAUGUGUACAAUGGUGUUAGCGAUUUAAAGCAAAGUCGCAGUGGAUCAUCUGGAGUAGCAAACCAACGCUUCAUGCCGCCGCCUCCUGAUGAAGCAACUAUUGCUACCAUUGUUGAGAUGGGCUUUUCAAGAGCAAGAGCUGAGGAGGCGCUGAGGCGAGUCGAAGCAAACAGUGUUGAGAUGGCAAUGGAGUGGUUGUUCAGUCAUGCUGAAGAUCCUGUCCAAGAGGAUGAUGAGCUCGCUCGUGCACUGGCUUUAUCUCUGGGGAGUUCAACAGAAGCACCUAAAGUCGAUGAUGUUGACAAGUCUGCCGAUGCCUUGAAUGGAGAGAGAAACUCGAAGCCACCUCCAGCUGCUAAUGUUCUUGCUGUUGCGAUGAAAUUAUUUGAGGGUAGUGAUGCCAUGGCGUACUCGCUUACAGAUCUGCUUGGGACUCUGUGCAGCACGAACAAAGGGGAGGAACGCUCCAAAGUGAUUUCGUAUAUCGUUCAGCAGCUAAAACUUUGUCCACUCGACUUUUCCAACGACAGCUGUGCAUUGGGUAGGAUCUCGCAUACUCUAGCGCUGCUUCUUGCAGAAGAUGGAAUCGCUCGUGAAAUUGCUGCGCAAAGUGGAGUUGCUGUGGUGGUCAUCGAUAUCUUGAUGAAUUUUAUGUCGAGGACCGAGGCUUCUGCAGAGAUUCUUGUGCCUAAAUGCAUCAGUGCAUUACUUCUUAUCUUGGAUGAUUUGGUGCAGUCUAGGCCCCGGAUAACUGGUGGUAAUGGUGAAGGGGUCGUACCUGGAUCGUUGUCUGGUUCGUUGAGAAAUCAAGCAUCACCUGAAGCAAUCAAGGACAAAUCAAUUCCAUCUGAUUUGGACAAGGAUAAUGGCUCUACCAAGGAUGGGUCUGCCUUUGAAAAAGUUUUUGGCAAACCGACGGGCUAUUUGGCAAUGGAGGAGAGCCAGAAGGUACUUGCAAUUGCUUGCGAUUUGAUAAAAAGACAUGUACCUUCAAUCGUUAUGCAGGCUGUUCUUCAGUUAUGUGCUCGCUUGACAAAAGCACAUUGUCUGGCUUUGCAAUUCCUUGAAAGUGGAGGCUUGGUUACUCUGUUUGGCCUUCCAAGGAGUUGCUUCUUUCCUGGGUAUGACACUUUAGCAUCUGCUAUUGUUCGGCAUCUUCUUGAAGAUCCUCAGACGUUGCAAACAGCUAUGGAAGUUGAGAUACGGCAAACACUGAGCGGAAGCAGGCACGCUGGGCGUGUAUUGGCGAGAACAUUUUUGACAUCAAUGGCACCUGUUAUAUCCAGAGAUCCAGAGGUCUUCAUGAAAGCUGUAGCUGCUGUGUGUCAGGUGGAGUCCUCAGGAGGGAGGACCAUUGUGCUGCUAUCUAAAGAUAAAGACAAAGAAAAAUUAAAAGGUGCUGAGGCAGGAGUAUCCACUAACGAAUGUGUACGAAUAACUGAACAGAAGGCUCAUGACGGUUCGAAUAAGUACGCCAAGGGUCACAAAAAGGUUUCAGCAAAUCUCACCCAAGUGAUUGAUUAUCUUCUUGAAAUCGUAUCAACCUUCCCUUCUUACAAUGGGGAUGAUGAUUGUGGAGGCCAUUCAAGUGCAAUGGAGGUAGAUGAACCAACUAUCAACAUGAAGGGUAAAUCGAAGGUUGAUGAAACUGUGAAAACUGGAUCUGACAGUCUAUCUGAGAAAUCUGAAGCUCUAGCUAAGGUGACAUUUGUUCUCAAGUUAUUGAGUGAUAUUCUUCUUAUGUACGUUCAAGUUGUCGGCGUAAUCUUGAGACGGGACCUGGAAAUGUGUCAGCAGCGUGGGUCCAGUCAUUUUGAAUGUCCUGGACAUGGGGGCAUAGUCCACCAUGUGUUACAUCAGUUACUUUCCCUGUCAAUGGAUAAAUCUGCUGGCCCAGAUGAGUGGAGAGACAAGCUUGCUGAAAAAGCUUCAUGGUUCCUGGUUGUAUUGGCUGGCCGUUCCAGUGAAGGAAGGAGAAGGGUGGUGAAUGAACUUGUGAAAGCCUUGUCGCUGUUUAUAAAUGUUGAGAGUAACUCUUCUAUUAGCAGUUUAUUGCCUGAUAAGAAAGUUCUUGCCUAUGUCGAUUUGGUAUAUUCCAUUUUAUCGAAGAAUUCUUCGUCCGGCAACUUACUGGGAUCUGGGUGUUCACCUGAUAUUGCCAAGAGCAUGAUUGAUGGAGGAGUUGUCCAUUGCCUAUCUAGCAUUCUUCAGGUAAUUGAUUUGGACCAUCCUGAUGCACCAAAAGUUGUGAAUCUGAUACUCAAGUCUUUGGAAAGCCUGACUAGGGCGGCAAAUGCUAGCGAACAACUUCUGAAAGCAGAUACAUUGAAUAAGAAAAAUGUAAACGAUCCAAGUGGAAUGUCUGAUACACAGCCUUUUGGUACCGAGACUUCUCAAGAACUACAAUCUAUUGAAAACAGAAGCUCACAACAUGGACUCAUGAGUAAUGGUGGGUCAGAAGCACAGCCUGCUGAUAUCUCUUGGGAAAGUGGCGGUCAGAAUUCUAAUCCAAACCAACCCCAUGAGCAAGAGAUGAGGAUCGAGGAGGAUCAAACUAAUAAUGUGCCUGUGGAUCUUGGGAUGGAUUAUAUGCGUGAAGAUAUGGAAGAAAGUGGUGCCUUGCCCAACACUGAACAAAUUGAGAUGACUUUUCAUGUGGAGAACACAGUACAUGAUGAUAUGAACGAGGAUGAGGAUGGCAUGGGUGAUGAUGGUGAGGAUGAGGAUGAAGACAUAGGGGAGGGCACGGGUUUAAUGUCGUUGGCUGAUACAGACAUCGAGGACCAUGAUGAUGCUGGCUUGGGCGAUGAAUACAAUGAUGAUAUGGUUGACGAAGAGGAUGACGACUUCCAUGAAAACAAUGUUAUUGAGGUGAGGUGGAGAGAAGCCCUUGAUGGUUUAGACCAUUUGCAGGUCCUUGGACAGCCUGGAACAGGGGGAGGUUUAAUAGAUGUAUCUGCUGAAGCUUUUGAAGAAGUAAAUGUCGAUGAGUUCUUUGGAAUCCGUAGGACCUUUGGCUUUGAGCGGCGUCGUCAGACUAACAGAACUACCUACGAGCGAUCUGUUGCAGAUGGAAAUGGUUUUCAACAUCCUCUCCUUUCAAGGCCAUUGAAUUCUGGUGAUACAGGUUCAAUUUGGUCAUCUGCUGGGAAUUCCCGGGAUUCAGAAAGCCUUUCUUCCGGUAACCUUGAUCUCACGCAGUUUUACAUGUUUGAUGCUCCUGUUCUUCCCUAUGAUAGUGCACCAACUAAUCUGUUUGUUGAUCGUUUGGGUGGUUCCGCCACACGGCAACUAGCUGACUUUUCUGUUGGUUUAGAGUCAUUGCGUGGAUUGGGUCGAAGAGGGCCAGGUGAUGGCCGGUGGUCUGAUGAUGGGCAGCCCCAAGGAGAUGGUCAAGCAGCUGUGAUUGCUCAGGCUGUUGAAGGUCAAUUUAUUUCUCAGUUGAGCAAUAAUAAUCCUCCUGAAAGGCUUACGCAGAACGUAGCAUUGCCGGAAAGGCAGGAAGGUCCCAUGUCUGCCACUGAUAUUCAGCAGGCAUUGGCUGUUGAUAGCACUGAUGCUCAGCUAAUUGAUGAUCGCCAUAUUAACAGCAUUGACCAAGGUGUUCGAUCGGAUGAACUCCAACUAUCUCAGGAAGUCAAUCGAGAGGUGGUGUCUGAAAGAGAAGGCCAAGAAGCAGUGGAAGGUAUCCGUAGUGACAUUGCUGAUGAUAGCAUGGAAACAGGGUGUGUGAAUAAUAUUGGGGGACAGAAUCUGGAGACAUAUUUAGGUUCUCAUGGUUUAUCGGUCUCGGGAACAGAUAUGCCAGGAUCUGCUGGUGAUUUUCAUGCUCCAGAUCCAGCUAGUGGUGAUGUUGACAUGAAUGCCACUGAAGUGCAAGGGGACUUGGCUGGGACACGAGUACCUCUAUCUGAGAUUAACCUCGAGGAGCCGUUACACCAGCAGAACAAUUUGGUUGUCCAAGAUGCAGAGCAGAUGGAGGAAAGUAGUUUGAAUAAUGAGGUUUCUAAUAAUGCCAAUGGCAUCGAUCCAACAUUCUUGGAGGCACUCCCUGAAGAUCUUCGUGCGGAGGUUCUUUCUUCACAGCAAGCUCGGUCGGCACCACCUCCUACCUAUGCGCCUCCUAGAGUUGAAGACAUUGAUCCUGAGUUUUUGGCUGCCCUUCCUCCUGAUAUUCAAGCUGAAGUUCUUGCUCAACAACGAGCUCAGAGAAUUACGCAGCAAUCUGAAGGACAACCAGUUGACAUGGACAAUGCUUCUAUAAUUGCUACUUUCCCUGCUGAUCUGCGUGAAGAGGUGCUUUUAACUUCUUCGGAGGCAUUAUUGUCAGCACUGCCAUCUCCCUUACUUGCUGAAGCACAAAUGCUCCGGGACAGAGCAAUGAGCCACUAUCAUGCUCGCAGCCUGUUUGGAGGUAGCCAGAGACUGAACAGAGGAAAUAGAUUGGGGUUUGACAGGCAAACGGCUAUGGAUAGGGGUGUUGGAGUGUCUAUUGGUCGGAGGGCAGCUUCUGUUUCUGAGAACUUGAACAUGAAUGAAAUUGAAGGUGAACCACUUCUCGAUUCCAAAGGCUUGAAAGCAUUAAUUCGUCUACUACGACUGGCGCAGCCUCUGGGGAAGGGUCUCCUGCAGAGACUUCUGUUGAACUUAUGCUCACACAGUGAUACAAGAGCAAUUCUCGUUUGGCUUCUGCUUAAUAUGAUUAAACCUGAGACUUCGGGCUCGGUUGGUGGAGUGACUUCGAUGAAUACUCAGAGACUUUUUGGAUGCCAGUCUGAUGUUGUUUAUGGGCGAUCUCAAUUGUGUGAUGGUGUUCCUCCAUUAGUUUUACGUCGUGUGCUUGAGAACCUGACCUAUUUGGCUACAAACCAUUCUGGUGUUUCAAGCCUCUUAUUCCACUUUGAGGGCGCUAAUAUUCCUGAAAUUACAUCUAUGAACCAUGGAGGGGACAGUAAUGGAAAAGGUAAGGCCAUUGUUGGAGGGCAGAGGCUUUCUGAAAGCUCCCAUAAAGAGGACAUUCCUUUAUUAUUGCUUCUUAGACUUUUAAGUGAACCACUUUUCUUACGGAGCAUGGGGCAUCUUGAGCAGAUCAUGGGUCUGCUCCAAGUGGUUAUAUGCGCCGCAGCUUCCAAGUUAGAUAAUCUGUCAAAUGCUGAAGAAGCGGCACCUCCUACUGAAAAUGCUUCUGGUAAUGAAUCAGCCAGUGAUGUUAGGACAGAUCCCAAUGCAUCAGGAGAAGAAUCUAAUAAACUAGACCAGAUUGCCAGUGCUUUAAACACCAAAUCAGAUGGUCAGAGAAAAACUAGGACUUAUGAAAUUUUCUUGCUGAUGCCUCAAUCAGAUUUGCACAACCUCUGUAAUCUUCUUGGGCAUGAAGGGCUUUCCGACAAAGUUUACUCACUGGCUGGGGAUGUGCUGAGGAAGUUUGCUUCAGUUGCUUCUGUUCAUCGCCGAUUUUUCAUUUUGGAACUUUCUGAGUCGGCCGAAAGGCUGAGCACCUCUGCCGUGGAUGAACUUGUCACACUAAGGAAAACACACAUGCUGGGAUUGAGUGCUGGGUCAAUGGCUGGGGCUGCUGUUCUUCGUGUUCUGCAGAUUCUUAGUUCACUUAUUUCUAUUGGUAGCAAUAGUGACGAGGACAGAGUAGACAGUGAGGAACAGGAAGAGCAUGACACAAUGUGCAAGUUAAAUGUUGCAUUGGAGCCCCUGUGGAAAGAACUGAGUGAAUGCAUUAGUACAAUGGAGAUGAAGUUGAGCCAGAGCUCCCACUCCAUUGUCUCAAGCAAUGGCAUUGGGGAACAGAUUCAUGGCCCUUCGUCAGCAACUUCCCCUUUGCCCCCAGGGACUCAGAGACUCUUGCCUUUUAUUGAAGGCUUCUUUGUUCUUUGUGAGAAGUUGCAGGUCAAUAGUUCCACUUUGCAGCAAGAUCUUAAUGUCACAGCCACAGAAGUGAAAGAAUCAGUCGGCGGUUCAGUCCAGUUUGCCAAAUCCAUUGAUGUUUACAAGAAAAUUGAUGGGUCUGUCACAUUUGUUAGGUUUGCUGAAAAGCACCGUCGCCUUCUUAAUGCUUUUGUAAGGCAGAAUCCUGGUUUAUUGGAGAAGUCACUCUCAAUGAUGCUGAAAGCUCCUCGACUGAUUGAUUUUGACAACAAGAGGGCUUAUUUCCGAUCCAGGAUUCGUCAGCAGCAUGACCAACAUUUGUCGGGCCCACUGCGUAUUAGCGUUAGACGGGCAUACAUUUUGGAGGACUCGUAUAACCAGCUCCGCAUGAGGCCAACUCAGGAUCUUAAGGGAAGGUUGAAUGUGCAUUUUCAAGGUGAAGAGGGUAUUGAUGCUGGUGGUUUGACUAGGGAGUGGUAUCAGUUGUUGUCCAGGGUCUUAUUUGACAAAGGAGCGUUGCUCUUCACCACUGUUGGGAACAAUUCGACUUUUCAGCCAAAUCCUAAUUCUGUAUAUCAAACCGAGCAUCUCUCAUAUUUCAAAUUCGUUGGCCGUGUGGUUGCUAAGGCACUUUUUGAUGGACAGUUGCUUGAUGUAUAUUUUACUCGCUCCUUCUACAAGCAUAUCCUUGGGGUAAAGGUGACUUAUCAUGAUAUAGAGGCUGUUGAUCCAGAUUACUAUAAAAACCUAAAAUGGAUGUUGGAGAAUGAUGUGAGUGACAUACCGGAUCUGACAUUUAGCAUGGAUGCAGAUGAAGAAAAGCACAUCCUUUAUGAGAAAACAGAGGUUACUGACUACGAGCUCAAACCGGGAGGAAGAAAUAUAAGAGUGACAGAAGAAACAAAACAUGAAUAUGUCGAUCUUGUUGCUGAUCACAUAUUGACAAACGCUAUCCGUCCUCAAAUAAAUUCGUUCCUUGAAGGUUUCAAUGAAUUAGUACCGCGGGAACUUAUAUCUAUUUUCAAUGAUAAAGAACUUGAACUAUUGAUCAGUGGUCUUCCAGAAAUUGAUUUGGCUGAUCUGAAGGCUAAUACUGAAUAUACCGGGUAUACCCCGGUAUCUAGUGUUGUUCGGUGGUUCUGGGAAGUUGUUGAAGCAUUCAGCAAGGAAGAUAUGGCAAGGUUUCUGCAGUUUGUAACAGGAACCUCAAAGGUCCCUCUUGAAGGUUUUAGGGCACUGCAAGGCAUAUCUGGUCCCCAGAAGUUUCAGAUUCACAAAGCAUAUGGAGCUCCAGAGAGACUUCCAUCAGCUCACACAUGCUUUAACCAACUGGAUCUUCCGGAGUAUUCUUCAAAGGAACAGCUUCAAGGACGUCUGUUGCUAGCGAUUCACGAAGCUAGUGAAGGGUUUGGGUUUGGUUAAGAUUGUGAUCGGGUUUGAUUGUGGUUCCACAGCACCUGCUGCUCAAUUCGUUAUUGCAGUAUAUAUGUUGGUAUAAAUGCUGAUGUGGAUCCAUCCACUGUUCCUUGAGAAUGAAGAUUGGGGCCGGGAUGUGACAGGUUGCUAAUUUUGAUUACUGCAUUUUUUGCCCAAAGAGAGGAUGAAUGCUUAUGUUACUUGCUGGUGGCGUAAUUAUUGAUACAUCUAUCUUUUAAUGAUUGAUUAUGCAUGAGAAAUAAAUAUAUAUAGAUUGGAGAGGUAGAGAGAUUGGUUUUAGAGAUUUGUUUUGAAUAUAUUAUGACUUAUAUGAUAAUGAUGCCUCUCAUUCUUGUUGUAUUGGAGGCUAACAAGAGUGGGCUAUGAAUAAUUUCUCAGAUACACACUUUGUGGAUAUGUGAUGUUGUAAUGGCUUUUAUUUAAUCUUGAGUUUAUUGCUAUGGCUUUUAUUUAAUUUAAUCCGAGUUUUUGACCCAGAUCGGCUGGCUCCUAAAACAUGAGGAGCAUAUAUUGAAUUGAUAAAAACUUGUGUGAUCCAAACCAAAAAUGUAAAAG